CAUUGGUUUGGUACAGGGGGAGAGCCAGAAUGAUAGUCAUGGAAAUGCCAAAGCAUGAUGGAGAAGCUAAAGCAGGGCCCUCCUGUAGAAUGGAAAGUAAGAGAUUGUGGGAGGUUUAUAUGGUUUAUAGGAAGUCUGUUAUCAAAGCUGAACUUGGAAGUUAAUGGCACAUAAGUGGUACCUGAGGCCAGAGGAAAGGUAGAGCCAGUCCAGGUAGAGUUGCCCUCUUUACUAAAAAACAAACAAAUAAGUAGGACAAUCAGUUCAGUUUGAAUUUCACAUACUCAAUGAAUACUUUUUAAAACAUAUAUUCCAUGUGAUAUUUAGGACCUAUUUACCCUACACAUUACUGACUGUUGAUCUGAAAUUCAAAUUGAACUGGGCAGCCUGCAUUUCACCUGCCAGCCAUAACAGCCCCAGCAAACAGGAACGCCUCCGGAGACCAGGAAGGCAUUGGCCAUGGCGAGGAGGGGUGCAGGCUGGGCAGCCUGAAGAAUAUGUCUCAUGGGGUGGGGGGUGAGGGUGGGGGAGUGGGAAGGCAGCUGGUGCCCAGAUCCUGCUGAUUGCAUUUGCAGAGAUGGCCUUCAGGGUGUCCCACAUUCUAAUGUUCAAAAACAGAAGAGAAAAUAGAUGUUUAUUAUGAAGUAUUCCCCAUUCGAUAAAGGGACAACCAGUGAAAAGAAAAAACCAUUGUGAGGCACAAGCAAAGCAGGUCUGUGGGUUCCAUAAGGCAUAUGGGCUCCUGGUUUGCAACCUCGGGUGGACUCUCUGGCCAGUGGGUGGGGCAGGUGUUUCACUGUAAAUGACGGUGCUUUGGAAGGUCGGGUACAAAGGCUUUGUGCAGGGAGACGAUGGCAGCAGGGGAUGAGACUUUCAUGUAAAAGGUAAGAUGUGAAAGCCACGCUUCCCGCCACAACUCCACCGCCGUGUCCCUCAGAGCCUGGUUGCACCCAUGGCCACUGCACGCGCAGCUGGGCGGUGGCUGAAGCCACGGGCCUGCACCUGGUGCUACCUGCUCGCAGGGCCCGCCCAGCCUCCCGCCAGCCUCUCGGGCGCAGCCAUUGGGCAGUGCGGGCUUUCAUCAGAAAAUUGUGGGUGGAAACUUCCCGGGGUUUGCGCUGAGCUUCCUGAGGGUUCUCAGCUUCAGAUGCAAAGUGAGUGGGUGUCUCUGUGAGAAGCUGAGAGAGAACAAGAGAGGUGUUGCCCUUGACCAUGGAAACUCUAUAAAGAAGGCGCCGACUCCUUCCUCUCGAGCAGUCAGCAGCAGAUGCUCCCUCCGUAACACCUGGACUCCAGGGAUUGAGAAGGACGCACGCCCUUUGCAGGGGGCGGCUCGAGUCUGUGGCUGCCAUGCAGCAGCCCCUGAACUACCCGUACCCCCAAAUCUACUGGGUGGACAGCAGCGCCCCCUCCCCUUGGACUCCUCCAGGGACAGUACUCCCCUGUCCCUCCUCGGUGCCUAGAAGACCUGGUCAGAGGAGGCCACCGCCGCCGCCGCCACCACCACCACCACCACCACCACCACUACCACUGCCACUGCCACCCCUGCCUCCACUGCCACUGCCACCUCUGAAGAAGAGGGACCACAACCCAGGCCUGUGUCUCCUUGUGAUGUUUUUCAUGAUCCUGGUGGCCCUGGUUGCGCUGGGGCUGGGGAUGUUUCAGCUGUUCCACUUGCAGAAGGAGCUGGCCGAGCUCAGAGAGUAUUCCAGCCAAAGGCAUAUGGAAUCAUCUUUGGAGAAGCAAGUGGAUCACUCCAAUCCAGCCUCUGGAAAAGGGGAACAGAGGAAAGUGGCCCAUUUGACAGGCAAGCCCGACUCAAGAUCCAUUCCUCUGGAAUGGGAAGACACCUAUGGAAUUGCCCUGAUCUCUGGGGUGAAGUAUAAGAAGAGCAGCCUAGUGAUCAAUGACACUGGGCUGUACUUCGUGUAUUCCAAAAUAUACUUCCGGGGUCAGUCCUGCAAGAAACAGCCCCUGAACCACAAGGUCUAUAUGAGGAACCUGCAGUAUCCCAAGGACCUGGUGCUGAUGGAGGAGAAGAUGAUGGACUACUGCACCAUCGGCCAGAUGUGGGCCCGUAGCAGCUACCUGGGUGCGGUGUUCAAUCUCACCAGUGCUGACCACUUAUAUGUUAAUGUGUCUGAGUACUCUCUGGUCAAUUUUGAAGAGUCUAAAACAUUUUUUGGCUUAUAUAAGCUCUAAGAAAAGCACUUUGGGAUUCUCUCCAUCAUGGCUCCUUGAUACAGGCGCUGAGAAUGCUGUCUUGAAAGAGGGUCUUCUAAAGCCCACUUGAGGUCAGGUGAGAAGACAUAAACCAAGAGGGUUCUGAGGCCACAGAGUCCAGCAGGUCUAUGGUUCCUCAUCUCACUCCCAACAUCCAUGAGCCAGACAGGAGGAGGAAGAAAGCUGAUGAACAUAGCACUCUGGGCUGCAUGUCCACAUGCAAAAUGGGGCAAAGCAGCUACCAGGGUGGUCUACAUUCAGCUGCAGAGGCCAAGCGUGUUUGGGCACAUUGCAAAGGACACCUUAUAACUCACCUCCUGCGGUGGGUCUACUGUCUACCUCAGAGGAGGCUGUCUUUCAGGUACAAGGGAUGGAAAAAGGGACUAGGCUUGCAUGAUAAGCUCAAGAGACUGAAAGGCUGGUGUCCCAGUGGCAGCAUUUUUCCUUCCAAAGCCAUAGCCUCAGCUGCCAGGUGAUGGAAACAGAAAAGCUAGGGAUAUCUUUGGGGGAUGCAGUCCAUUCCCUACACAGCAUGUAUGUUUCCAGAGCAAUUGUAGGUGUGUGUGUGUGUGUGUGUGUGUGUGUGUGUAUGUGUGAGUGAGUGAGUGAGAGAGAGAGAGAUUGGGAAAGCUACCUAAAUAGGAAGAACAUGUUAGGAAAUUAGGGGAUACAUAUGGUAUUGGUUUCAAAUGCUUCUUGGCAACCAACUCUGACAGUCCUCUAAUCUUGGAUUAUGACAAUACCUAGUGAUGCUUUUUUCCUAUAAUAUAACCAAUAUUUAUAUAUAUAUCUAUAUAUUGUGCAUUUUAAAUGAAAAGAAUACAUGUAAUAAAAACUAUAUUUUAGAAUACA